AUGGAGUCUCCUCUACUAAUCAACCCUGAUCCUGAUGCUAACACCAUGGAGUCUCCUCUACUAAUCAACCCUGAUCCUGAUGCUAACACCAUGGAGUCUCCUCUACUAAUCAACAUUGACUCUGAAUCUAACAUUAUGGAGUCUCCUCUUCUAAUCAACCCUGACCCUGACCCCAACCCUGACCCUAACUCUAACCUGUAUUUCAAUCUUCCUGGGAGAAUUGGAUAUAGAAAAAACGAAUGUCGUAAAUGUAUGGACAAUAAAGUAAUAUUCCUCUUCUUCCUCACACUAACUCUGGCUCCAGCACGAACCAAACAGAGGAACACAGGACAGGGGCCCUAGCUUCCCUUCCUCCAGCAGGAAGCCUCAUCGUACAUGACAAAGGUAAGAGAUUCAUAGCCUUGUCCCAGAUGUGUUUGGGCUGUUUUGCCAACUCCUACAGUAUGGUCAUUAUUGUCAAUGACCAAGACAACACUUAAACUGAUCUGGGAUCAGGCUAAGAGGUUACAUCCUCCGUUAGCCAACAGAUCCGACCCACUGGCUUACAGCUGCACUAGAGUCGGACAAUGAGAUUGAGUAUUGAGGUACGUUUUCCCAGCCAUAUCUCGUGUCGGCUCCGUGGGGUCCUAAUCAGGAAGACUGUCUGACCCUAGUGCAGCUGUAAGCAGGCGGAUCUGCUAGCUACAUCCUCCAUAACCUUUCAACAUGGUCUACUGUAUGGCUGUGUCACCAGUCUGCUCUGAGAACACAAUGUAGAUCAAUGCUACCAGCUGUAGAAACACUAGUAGAGAUGCUACCAGCUGUAGAAACACUAGUAGAGAUGCUACCAGGUGUGGAAACACUAGUAGAGAUGCUCUCCAGGUGUGGAAACACUAGUAGAGAUGCUCUUCAGGUGUAGAAACACUAGUAGAGAUGCUCUCCAGGUGUGGAAACACUAGUAGAGAUGCUCUCCAGGUGUGGAAACACUAGUAGAGAUGCUCUUCAGGUGUAGAAACACUAGUAGAGAUGCUCUCCAGCUGUAGAAACACUAGUAGAGAUGCUACCAGCUGUAGAAACACUAGUAGAGAUGCUCUCCAGGUGUAGAAACACUAGUAGAGAUGCUCUCCAGCUGUAGAAACACUAGUAGAGAUGCUCUCCAGGUGUGGAAACACUAGUAGAGAUGCUCUCCAGGUGUAGAAACACUAGUAGAGAUGCUACCAGGUGUAGAAACACUAGUAGAGAUGCUACCAGGUGUAGAAACACUAGUAGAGAUGCUACCAGGUGUAGAAACACUAGUAGAGAUGCUCUCCAGGUGUGGAAACACUAGUAGAGAUGCUCUCCAGGUGUAGAAACACUAGUAGAGAUGCUACCAGGUGUAGAAACACCAGUAGAGAUGCUCUCCAGCUGUAGAAACACUAGUAGAGAUGCUCUCCAGGUGUGGAAACACUAGUAGAGAUGCUCUCCAGGUGUAGAAACACUAGUAGAGAUGCUACCAGCUGUAGAAACACUAGUAGAGAUGCUACCAGGUGUGGAAACACUAGUAGAGAUGCUCUCCAGGUGUGGAAACACUAGUAGAGAUGCUCUUCAGGUGUAGAAACACUAGUAGAGAUGCUCUUCAGGUGUGGAAACACUAGUAGAGAUGCUACCAGGUGUAGAAACACUAGUAGAGAUGCUCUCCAGCUGUAGAAACACUAGUAGAGAUGCUACCAGCUGUAGAAACACUAGUAGAGAUGCUCUCCAGGUGUAGAAACACUAGUAGAGAUGCUCUCCAGGUGUGGAAACACUAGUAGAGAUGCUCUCCAGGUGUGGAAACACUAGUAGAGAUGCUACCAGGUGUAGAAACACUAGUAGAGAUGCUACCAGGUGUAGAAACACUAGUAGAGAUGCUACCAGGUGUAGAAACACUAGUAGAGAUGCUCUCCAGGUGUGGAAACACUAGUAGAGAUGCUCUCCAGGUGUAGAAACACUAGUAGAGAUGCUCUUCAGGUGUGGAAACACUAGUAGAGAUGCUACCAGGUGUAGAAACACUAGUAGAGAUGCUCUCCAGCUGUAGAAACACUAGUAUAGAUGCUCUCCAGGUGUGGAAACACUAGUAGAGAUGCUACCAGGUGUAGAAACACUAGUAGAAAUGCUACCAGCUGUAGAAACACUAGUAGAGAUGCUCUCCAGGUGCCUCUUAGUGGGCGGGAAAAAAACAUGUUACGCAGCGGAUACAAGCAUGACAUUUGGUACAAACAUUCCUUAGGUGAUAUGAAAACAUCCCAGAAAGGGUACCCAUUUCAAACUUAACCAGGAAGCGAGUUAUCGCAAAAAUUCUAAAUGUCUGCCAUAAUACCUCGUAUUUGACCAUAAAAACUGUUAUGCUACAGAUAAAAGCAUGAUAUUUGGAACAAACAUUCUUCCGAUUAUAUGAAAACAUCCUAGAAGGGGUGCUCAUUUCAAAAUUAACCAGGAAAAAUGGCCGCCAAUGGAGAUGGUAAUGCAUCAAAAGUUAAAAAAGCUUAUUAAAUGACAUUUUCACACAAACAUUUUUUGGUAAUAAUAAAUCAAAUGUAUUCCUUAAGGCCAGGCACCACAGGCUGAAAUACUAUUUUUGCAUCUACUUAUCUAUUUUGGUAUUUUGGUCCCUUAAUAUUAGUUAUUUCAAAAAGUAAAAGUAAAAAUGUGCUAAAACUUGCUAAAAAUAUUUUAUUUUGUUUAUCAUACUACCGUCGUCAAAAUUUCAUGAAUUUUAACCACAUUCAAAUUGACAUAAAUCCAUAAUUUCUAAGCUCACUAAUUUUAAUCAUACAUAAUUUAAAAGUCAGUUUCAUAGCAAAUGUUACAAACUGGACUAUAUGUAGUAACUUACUUUGAAGAGAUCAUGAUUGGCAGGGCGUUUCCAUUUCUGCCACAUGAUUGGGUCUAAAUAGAUGUUUGGCGAUUGGUAGGCUAAAUACUUAUCUUACAGUGGCUUGCGAAAGUAUUCACCCCCCUUGGCAUUUUUCCUAUUUUGUUGCCUUACAACCUGGAAUUAAAAUAGAUUUUUGGGGGGUUUGUAUCAUUUUGAUUUACACAACAUGCCUACGUCUUUGAAGAUGCAAAUUUUUUUGUUGUUGAGAAACAAACAAGAAAAAAGACAAAAAAACAGAAAACUUGAGCGUGCAUAACUAUUCACCCCCCCAAAGUCAAUAUUUUGUAGAGCCACCUUUUGCAGCAAUUACAGCUGCAAGUCUCUUGGGGUAUGUCUCUAUAAGCUUGGCACAUCUAGCCACUGGGAUUUUUGCCCAUUCUUCAAGGCAAAACUGCUCCAGCUCCUUCAAGUUGGAUGGGUUCCGCUGGUGUACAGCAGUCUUUAAGUCAUACCACAGAUUCUCAAUUGGAUUGAGGUCUGGGCUUUGACUAGGCCAUUCCAAGACAUUUAAAUGUUUCCCUUUAAACCACUCGAGUGUUGCUUUAGCAGUUUGCUUAGGGUCAUUGUCCUGCUGGAAGGUGAACCUUCGUCCCAGUCUCAAAUCUCUGGAAGACUGAAACAGGUUUCCCUCAAGGGGCGGCAGGUAGCUUAGUGGGUAAGAGCGUUGUUCCAGUAACCGAAAGGUCACUGGUUCUAAUCCCCGAGCUGACUAGGUGCAAAAUCUGUCGAUGUGCCCUUGAGCAAGGCACUUAACCCUAAUUGCUCAUGUAAGUCGCUCUGGAUAAGAGCGUCUGCUAAAUGACUAAAAUGUAAAUGUAAGAAUUUCCCUAUAUUUAGCGCCAUCCAUCAUUCCUUCAAUUCUGACCAGUUUCCCAGUCCCUACCGAUGAAAAACAUCCCAACAGCAUGAUGCUGCCACCACCAUGCUUCGGGGAUGGUGUUCUCGGGGUGAUGAGAGGUGUUGGGUUUGCACCAGACAUAGCGUUUUCCUUGAUGGCCAAAAUGCUCAAUUUUAUCUGACCAGAGCACCUUCUUAGAUAUGUUUGGGGAGUCUCCCACAUUCCUUUUGGCGAACACCAAACGUGUUUGCUUAUUUUUGUUCUUUAAGCAAUGGCUUUUUAUCUGGCCACUCUUCCGUAAAGCCCAGCUCUGCGGAGUGUACGGCUUAAAGUGGUCCUAUGGACAGAUACUCCAAUCUCCGCUGUGGAGCUUUGCAGCUCCUUCAGGGUUAUCUUUGGUCUCUUUGUUGCCUCUGAUUAAUGCCCUCCUUGCCUGGGCCGUGAGUUUUGGUGGGCAGCCCUCUCUUUGCAGGUUUGUUGUGGUGCCAUAUUCUUUCAAUUUGUCUUUUUUCUCUUUCUUUUCAAAGUUUCUGAUAUUUUUUUAUAAUCCUGUGAGGGGAACGGCACCUCCUUACCUUCAGGCUCUGAUCAGUCCCUACACCCAAACGAGGGCAUUGCGUUCAUCCACCUCUGGCCUGCUGGCUCCCCUACCUCUGCGGAAGCACAGUUCCCACUCAGCCCAGUCAAAGCUAUUCGCUGCUCUGGCACCCCAAUGGUGGAACAAGCUCCCCCACGACGCCAGGACAGCGGAGUCACUCACCACCUUCCGGAGACACUUGAAACCCCACCUCUUUAAGGAAUACCUGGGAUAGGAUAAAGUAAUCCUUCUACCCCCCCCCCCCCCCCCCCCCCCCCCCCCCAUAAAAAAAAGGGUGGUUGUCCCACUAGCUAUCAUAAGUUGAAUGUACCAAUUUGUAAGUCGCUCUGGAUAAGAGUGUCUGCUAAAUGACUUAAAUGUAAAUGUAAAUAACACAUCCCUGAUCUGUACUUCUGACCUGUUUGGAGAGCUCCUUGGUCUUCAUGGUGCCGCUUGCUUGGUGGUGCCCCUUGCUUAGUGGUGUUGCAGACUCUGGGGCCUUUCAGAACAGGUGUAUAUAUACUGUGAUCAUGUGACAGAUCAUGUGACACUUAGAUUGCACACAGGUGGACUUUAUUUAACUAAUUAUGUGACUUCUGAAGGUAAUUGGUUGCACCAGAUCUUAUUUAGAGGCUUCAUAGCAAAGGGGGUGAAUACAUAUGCACGCACCACUUUUCCGUUAUUUAAUUUUUAGAAUUUUUUGAAACAAGUUAUUUAUUUUUUUCACUUCCCCAAUUUGGACUAUUUUGUGUAUGUCCAUUACCUGAAAUCCAAAUAAAAAUCAAUUUAAAUUACAGGUUGUAAUGCAACAAAAUAGGGGGGUGAAUACUUUUGCAAGGCACUGCAACUGCUAUUUCCCGAAAGUCAGACCCUUCCCACAUGCCAAAAAUAAUUUCUCAGCUUCAGAAUCAUCGGCAUUCACCAAAUUACAGUAUCUGUAGUUAUCCUUAGAUAUAUUCUCUGGAUUUGGGAAUUGUUGAAAAGUUGUCAAAUAUUUAUUCUAGAUACCAUCUUCUUUGAAAACAAUUCACCAAAAAUAAAUUUUACGUAAGAGUCUUUACUAUUUCACAGAUAGUAAGAUGAAAAAAGUAUUUAUCCACAAUCUACUCUAUUCAAGUCCAGUGCUGGAGUGUCUUAAGACUUCUACCAUUCAGCAGCUCAUUGUUUUUCUCAUGGGCAUGGUCAAGCGGCCUGCAUGAUAACUUGUUUUGUGUUUUUGGCAGUACCCAGCAGUCUGAGAAUUAUUUUCUGAUGAUAGAUGGUAGCUUUCAUGUCUUAGAUGUGGAUAGGAAUCCACCUUGCACAGUUUGUUCUGUCCAGUGCAAAUAACCAUGGAACCAAGGCCUCUAAUGUUUCAACAUCAAGACCAAAAUCUCUAGUUCUGUGUGCACAGACAAAAAUCAUCACUAGCCUCUCAAAUUCAAGAACAAUGUUCCAGAAUUGGAAGGUUGGAUACUUCUGAAUCAUGUCUGCUUUCCAUGUCUACAAGGCCCUGUGUAGCUCAGUUGGUAGAGCAUGGCGCUGCUAAAUGACUAAAAUGUAAAAUGUAAAAGAAGUGCAUGUGGAAUCCAGCAGCAUCUUUCAGGAGUUUGGACAAUGAAAGCAAAGUAACUUGAAAGGAGGGAUUGCUGGAACAUGACAAACAAAAGUACAGUUAAGGAAAAUGUAUGCUUAAUCCAGUAUAAACUAAUGUAUAGAGUUUAUUUUACAAGAGACAAAAUUCACUAAUUCUACAGCACAAUGGCAGAGUCAUGUCUUAGGUGUAAAACUAACAAAGACUCAAUGAUCCAUGCCUUCUGGGAACGCUAUAAAGUCCCAAAUGUUAUGGGCGGAGUUAGAAAGUUAGCUGCCAGAAGUAUUACAAUGGAGUUUACUUUUAAUUAGUCUGUCUGGAUAUUUCAAGACAUGGCAUAUGGGGGUGCAGUGAGAUACCCGAUACGUUGGACAAUACUUUCCUCGUCAAUCAUCUUGAAAAAAUGUAUACUUAAAAACUGGAAAUCAACCAAUCCUCCAUCAUUAACACAAUGGAAAGGUCAAACGCUAAAUGUUGAAAGUGAGUGGGCAACGGAGAGAUACAAAAUGGUGCAGUUUGAGGCCGGAGAGUGAUGCUGCAGAUGGGGGUGUGAGCAGGUGGGUCUGGGCAGGGGUGAUGCUGCAGAUGGGGGUGUGAGCAGGUGGGUCUGGGCAGGGGUGAUGCUGCAGAUGGGGGUGUGAGCAGGUGGGUCUGGGCAGGGGUGAUGCUGCAGAUGGGGGUGUGAGCAGGUGGGUCUGGGCAGGGGUGAUGCUGCAGAUGGGGGUGUGAGCAGGUGGGUCUGGGCAGGGGUGAUGCUGCAGAUGGGGGUGUGAGCAGGUGGGUCUGGGCAGGGGUGAUGCUGCAGAUGGGGGUGUGAGCAGGUGGGUCUGGGCAGGGGUGAUGCUGCAGAUGGGGGUGUGAGCAGGUGGGUCUGGGCAGGGGUGAUGCUGGAGAUGGGGGUGUGAGCAGGUGGGUCUGGGCAGGGGUGAUGCUGGAGAUGGGGGUGUGAGCAGGUGGGUCUGGGCAGGGGUGAUGCUGCAGAUGGGGGUGUGAGCAGGUGGGUCUGGGCAGGGGUGAUGCUGGAGAUGGGGGUGUGAGCAGGUGGGUCUGGGCAGGGGUGAUGCUGGAGAUGGGGGUGUGAGCAGGUGGGUCUGGGCAGGGGUGAUGCUGGAGAUGGGGGUGUGAGCAGGUGGGUCUGGGCAGGGGUGAUGCUGGAGAUGGGGGUGUGAGCAGGUGGGUCUGGGCAGGGGUGAUGCUGGAGAUGGGGGUGUGAGCAGGUGGGUCUGGGCAGGGGUGAUGCUGGAGAUGGGGGUGUGAGCAGGUGGGUCUGGGCAGGGGUGAUGCUGGAGAUGGGGGGUGUGAGCAGGUGGGUCUGGGCAGGGGUGAUGCUGGAGAUGGGGGUGUGAGCAGGUGGGUCUGGGCAGGGGUGAUGCUGCAGAUGGGGGGGUGAGCAGGUGGGUCUGGGCAGGGGUGAUGCUGGAGAUGGGGGUGUGAGCAGGUGGGUCUGGGCAGGGGUGAUGCUGCAGAUGGGGGUGUGAGCAGGUGGGUCUGGGCAGGGGUGAUGCUGGAGAUGGGGGUGUGAGCAGGUGGGUCUGGGCAGGGGUGAUGCUGGAGAUGGGGGUGUGAGCAGGUGGGUCUGGGCAGGGGUGAUGCUGCAGAUGGGGGUGUGAGCAGGUGGGUCUGGGCAGGGGUGAUGCUGCAGAUGGGGGUGUGAGCAGGUGGGUCUGGGCAGGGGUGAUGCUGGAGAUGGGGGUGUGAGCAGGUGGGUCUGGGCAGGGGUGAUGCUGCAGAUGGGGGUGUGAGCAGGUGGGUCUGGGCAGGGGUGAUGCUGGAGAUGGGGGUGUGAGCAGGUGGGUCUGGGCAGGGGUGAUGCUGGAGAUGGGGGUGUGAGCAGGUGGGUCUGGGCAGGGGUGAUGCUGGAGAUGGGGGUGUGAGCAGGUGGGUCUGGGCAGGGGUGAUGCUGGAGAUGGGGGUGUGAGCAGGUGGGUCUGGGCAGGGGUGAUGCUGGAGAUGGGGGUGUGAGCAGGUGGGUCUGGGCAGGGGUGAUGCUGGAGAUGGGGGUGUGAGCAGGUGGGUCUGGGCAGGGGUGAUGUUGUGGGUGUUUGUGUGCGUCUGUAUGUUGACUGUGUUUUAGUCUGCCCUCAAGAAUGAUUCUGCUGUCCCCGAGGUGCCACUCCAACCUGAGCCAUCGUAAAGUUAUCUUAUUGUGUGCCAAAGGGCCAUCUCUAUAUGCAGUCCACCAAACAUAACCACAAACAUUUGCUCUCCAUAAGCCUUAGGAAAGCUCCACUGAACUAACUUUGCAAGAGCAAACAGUGUUUGGUCAUCACAGGUAUUUGGCCAGGAUUAAGAUGUUCUGUGAUUGGCCAGGAUUAAGGUGUUCUGUGAUUAACAGGAUGAAGGUGUUCUGUGAUCUGCGUUUGGAAUUUUUAAGCUUGAUAGCAUGAUGUUUUCAAGGUGAUUCAUGUAGUAGUUCAAUAAAAUUCAAGUAGUUUGCAGGUUGAUUUCUGGCGUUUCCAUUUCUGCCACUGUAGGCAGGUUGCUUAUGAAAUGUAAUGGCAUAUUGUUGAAGACCGGUCCACUACUCACAAAUACGCAAGAUUUUUAUUACAUAUGGCAACAAAAAUUUAACAGUAAUAUAAACUUUCCAAAAUCGGAUUCAGUAUUGGCGGCCAUAUUGAAUUAUGUAAAAAGAAUAGUGGUGCCCCUUCUAAUAUCAAUGAAUGCAUCCCAAGCUUGUAUCUGCCUUGAAAGGGUUUUAUCACUUUUUGACACUAAGACCCCUGCCUAGAGAGGAACCUCUGCUUCAGAUCUGGUUCUGAUAAAGACCCCUGCCUAGAGAGGAACCUCUGGUUCAGAUCUGGUUCUGAUAAAGACCCCUGCCUAGAGAGGAACCUCUGCUUCAGAUCUGGUUCUGAUAAAGACCCCUGCCUAGAGAGGAACCUCUGGUUCAGAUCUGGUUCUGAUAAAGACCCCUGCCUAGAGAGGAACGUCUGCUUCAGAUCUGGUUCUGAUAAAGGCCAUUGAAACGUUAAUAGGACUUACUAGAAGAUGGCACUGACAGACAUGACAGCUCUGCUCCUAGCUCCUCAGCAACAGACAUGACAGCUCUGCUCCUAGCUCCUCAGCAACAGACAUGACAGCUCUGCUUCCAGCUCCUAAACAACUUUGCAGUAUUUUUUGUGUGUGUGUCUAUUUCUUACAUUAUUAGCCCAGAAUGUUUUUUGUGUUAUUAUUACAUGCAGCCGGAAAUAACCUUUGGAUUUCAGAGCAGCGAUAACUCACCAGCAUUACGACCAGGAAUAUGACUUUCCCGAAUUGGAUCCUUUGUUCGUACCCCUCAGGGCAAUUGAACUUAUCUCAGAGGCUGCUCCAGUGGAGAAGAGGUAUUCGGAAUGUGGACUUCUAGUCAGACUCAGGAGGCGUGCACACCAUCCACCACUUUUCGAGUAUGUUACUAAAGUAGACGAGCUCAGGGCGAGGAUCUCCUUCCAGAGAGACAUCAGGGACUGUAACAUACUCUGUUUCACAGAAUCAUGGCUCUCUUGGGAUAUACCGCCCCCACCCCGUCCAUACAGCCAGCUGGGUUCUCAGUACAUCACGCAGACAGGAAUAAAAACUCUCCGGGAAGAAGAAAGGCGGUGGUGUUUCAUGAUUAACUACUCAUGGUGUGAUUGUGAUAACAUACAGAAACGCAAGUAUUUUUGUUCACCCGACCUAGACUACCUCACAAUCAAAUGCCGACCGUAUUACCUCCCAAGAGAAUUCUCUUCGGUUAUAGUAACAGCCGUGUAUAUUCCCCCCUUAAGCUGAUACCACGACGGCCCUCAAGGAACUACAGUGGACUUUGUGCAAACUGGAAACCACAUAUCCUGAGGCUGCAUUUAUUGUAGCUGGGGAUUUUAACAAAGCAAAUUUGAGGAAAACGCUACCGAAGUUCUGUCAACACAUCGACUGUAGUUCUCGCACUGGAAAAACAUGCUUCAAGAUUGUUUUGAUCACGCGGACUGGGAUCUGUUCCGGUUAGUCUCUGAGAAUAACAUUGACGUAUACACGGACACGGUGGCUGAGUUCAUCAGGAAGUGUAUAGGGGAUGUUGUUCCCACUGUGACUAUUAAAACCUACCCAAACCAGAAACCGUGGAUAGAUGGCAGCAUUCGCGCAAAACUGAAGCACGAACCACCGCAUUUAACCAUGGCAAGGUGACGGGGAAUAUGGUGGAAUAUACAAACAGUGUAGUUGUUCCCUCCGCAAUCAAACAGGUAAAACGUCAGUAUAGAGACAAAGUUGAGUCGCAAUUCAACGGCUCAGACACGAGAUGUAUAUGGCAGGGACUACAGACAAUCACAGACUACAAUAGGAAAACCAACCACGUUGUGGACACCGACGUCUUGCUCCCAGACAAGCUGAACACCUUCUUCACCCGCUUUGAGGAUAACACAGUGCCACCGACGGGGCCCACUGCCAAGGACUGUGGCCUCUCCUUCUCCGUGGCCGACGUGAGUAAGAAAUGUAAGCAUGUUAACCCUCGCAAGGCUGCCGACCCAGAUGGCAUCCCUAGCCGCGUCCUCAGAGCAUGCGCAGACCAGCUGGCUGGAGUGUUUACGGACAUAUUCAAUCUCUCCCUAUCCCAGUCUGCUGUCCCCACAUGCUUCAAGAUGGCCACCAUUGUUCCUGUACCCAAGAAAGCAAAGGUAACUGAACUAAAUGACUAUCGCCCCGUAGCACUCACUUCUGUCAUCAUGAAGUGCUUUGAGAGACUAGUUAAGGAUCAUAUCACCUCUACCUUACCUGACACCCUAGACCCCCUUCAAUUUGCUUACCGCCCCAAUAGAUCCACAGACAAUGCAAUCGCCAUCACACUGCCCUAUCCCAUCUGGACAAGAGGAAUACCUAUGUAAGAAUGCUGUUCAUUGACUACAGCUCAGCCUUCAACACCAUAGUACCCUCCAAGCUCAUCAUUAAACUCGGGUCCCUGGGUCUGAACCCCGCCCUGUGCAACUGGGUCCUGGACUUCCUGACGGGCCACCCCCAGGUGGUGAAGGUAGGAAACAACACCUCCACUUUGCUGAUCCUCAACACUGGGGCCCCACAAGGGUGCGUGCUCAGCCCCCUCCUGUAUUCCCUGUUCACCCAUGACUGCGUGGCCAUGCAUGCCUCAUACUCAAUCAUCAAAUUUCCAGACGACACAACCGUAGUAGGCCUGAUUAUCAACAACGACGAGACAGCCUACAGGGAGGAGGUGAGGGCUCUGGGAGUGGUGCCAGGAAAAUAACCCCUCCCUCAACGUCAACAAAACGAAGGAGCUGAUCGUGGACUUCACGAAACAGCAGAGGGAGCACGCCCCUAUCCACAUCGACGGGACCCGCAGUGGAGAAGGUGGAAAGCUUCAAGUUCCUUGGCGUACACAUCACUGACAAACUGAAAUGGUCCACCCACACAGACAGUGUGGUGAAGAAGGUGCAACAGCGCCUCUUCAACCUCAGGAGGCUGAAGAAAUGUGGCCUGGCCCCUAAGACGCUCACAAACUUUUACAGAUACACAUUUGAGAGUAUCCUGUUGAGCUGUAUCACCGCCAGGUAUGGCAACUGCACCGCCCGCAACCGCAAGGCUCUCCAGAGGGUGGUGCGGUCUGCCCAACGCAUCACCGGGGGCACACUGCCUGCCCUCCAGGACUCCUACAGCACCCGAUGUCACAGGAAGGCCAAAAAGAUCAUCAAGGACAUCAACCACCCGAGCCAUGACCUGUUCACCCCGCUACCAUCCAGAAGGCGAGGUCAGUACAGGUGCAUCAAAGCUGGGGCCGAGAGCCUGAAAAACAGCUUCAAUCUCAAGGCCAUCAGACUGUUAAAUAGCCAUCACUAGCAGGCUACCUCCCGGUUACUCAACCCUGCACCUUAGAUUCUGCUGCUAUAUAUACAUAGACAUGGAACCACUGGUCACUUUAAUAAUGUUUACAUACUGCUUUACUCAUUUCGUAUGUACAGUGAGGGAAAAAAGUAUUUGAUCCCCUGCUGAUUUUGUACGUUUGCCCACUGACAAAGAAAUGAUCAGUCUAUAAUUUUAGGUUUAUUUUUUUUAGGUAGGUUUAUUUGAACAGUGAGAGACAGAAUAACAACAACAAAAUCCAGAAAAACCCGUGUCAAAAAUUUUAUAAAUUGACUUGCAUUUUAAUGAGGGAAAUAAGUAUCUGACCCCUCUGCAAAACAUGACUUAGUACUUGGUGGAAAAACCCUUGUUGGCAAUCACAGAGGUCAGACGUUUCUUGUAGUUGGCCACCAGGUUUGCACACAUCUCAGGAGGGAUUUUGUCCCACUCCUCUUUGCAGGUCUUCUCCAAGUCAUUAAGGUUUUGAGGCUGACGUUUGGCAACUCGAACCUUCAGCUCCCUCCACAGAUUUUCUAUGGGAUUAAGGUCUGGAGACGGGCUAGGCCACUCCAGGACCUUAAUGUGCUUCUUCUUGAGGCACUCCUUUGUUGCCUUGGCCGUGUGUUUUGGGUCAUUGUCAUGCUGGAAUACCCAUCCACGACCCAUUUUCAAUGCCCUGGCUGAGGGAAGGAGGUUCUCACCCAAGAUUUGACGGUACAUGGCCCCGUCCAUCGUCCCUUUGAUGCGGCGAAGUUGUCCUGUCCCAUUAGCAGAAAAACACCCCCAAAGCAUAAUGUUUCCACCUCCAUGUUUGACGGUGGGGAUGGUGUUCUUGGGGUCAUAGGCAGCAUUCCUCCUCCUCCAAACACGGCGAGUUGAGUUGAUGCCAAAGACCUCGAUUUUGGUCUCAUCUGACCACAACACUUUCACCCAGUUCUCCUCUGAAUCAUUUAGAUGUUCAUUGGCAAACUUCAGACGAGCAUGUAUAUAUGCUUUCUUGAGCAGGGGGACCUUGCGGGCACUGCAGGAUUUCAGUCCUUCACGGCGUAGUGUGUUACCAAUUGUUUUCUUGGUGACUAUGGUCCCAGCUGCCUUGAGAUCAUUGACAAGAUCCUCCCGUGUAGUUCUGGGCUGAUUCCUCACCAUUCUCAUGAUCAUUGCAACUCCACAAGGUGAGACCUUGCAUGGAGCCCCAGGCCGAGGGAGAUUGACAGUUCUUUUGUGUUUCUUCCAUUUGCGAAUAAUCGCACCAACUGUUGUCACCUUCUCACCAAGCUGCUUGGCGAUGGUCUUGUAGGCCAUUCCAGCCUUGUGUAGGUCUACAAUCUUGUCCCUGACAUCCUUGGAGAGCUCUUUGGUCUUGGCCAUGGUGGAAAGUUUGGAAUCUGAUUGAUUGAUUGCUUCUGUGGACAGGUGUCUUUUAUAAAGGUAACAUGCUGAGAUUAGGAGCACUCCCUUUAAGAGUGUGCUCCUAAUCUCAGCUCGUUACCUGUAUAAAAGACACCUGGAAGCGAGAAAUCUUUCUGAUUGAGAGGGGGUCAAAUACUUAUUUCCCUCAUUAAAAUGCAAAUCAAUUUAUAACAUUUUUUACAUGCGUGUUUCUGGAUUUUUGUUGUUGUUAUUCUGUCUCUCACUGUUCAAAUAAACCUACCAUUAAAAUUAUAGACUGAUCAUUUAUUUGUCAGUGGGCAAACGUACAAAAUCAGCAGGGGAUCAAAUACUUUUUUCCCUCACUGUAGCUAUAUACUGUAUUCUAUUCUACUGUAUUUUAGUCAAUGCUACUCUGACAUUGCUCGUCCUAAUAUUUAUAUAUUUCUUAAUUUCAUUAUUUUACUUUUAUAUUUGUGUGUAUUGUUGUGAAUUGGAGCUAGGAACACAAGCAUUUCGCUACAUCCGCAAUAACAUCUGCUAAAUAUGUGUUUGUGACCAAUAAAAUGUGAUUUGAUUUGUUUUUAAUAAAAUACUAUGUUUUUAAUGGUUAGUGAGUGUAAAAUCUGCCUUCAUCUAUAGUAAACCGUGAUAAUCUGGAGUCUCUCCUCUAGACUGCUCUGAGCUGUUUGACAGACGGAGGCCGGGCUCCGGGUUUUACCGGAUCAGACCUAGAGUGGAUCAGGAGCCGGUCCUAGUCUACUGCGACAUGGAGGAUGGAGGGGGAUGGACCGUUAUACAGCGACGAAGACACGGGAGGGUCGACUUCAACAGGUGUGUGUCUGUGUGUCUGUGCGUCCUUUGGGAAGCGGGCCUGUUUAACCUCUGUGAUCAGACAGUAAUUUAUCACAUCAGCACUGUGGCAUUCAGCUACUAGCUACUGUGUGUUAGCGUAGCGACAUAGAGACUGAACCAGUGAAUGUUGUCUCCUCCAUAGAGACUGAACCAGUGAAUGUUGUCUCCUCCAUAGAGACUGAACCAGUGAAUGUUGUCUCCUCCAUAGAGACUGAACCAGUGAAUGUUGUCUCCUCCAUAGAGACUGAACCAGUGAAUGUUGUCUCCUCCAUAGAGACUGAACCAGUGAAUGUUGUCUCCUCCAUAGAGACUGAACCAGUGAAUGUUGUCUCCUCCAUAGAGACUGAACCAGUGAAUGUUGUCUCCUCCAUAGAGACUGAACCAGUGAAUGUUGUCUCCUCCAUAGAGACUGAACCAGUGAAUGCUGUCUCCUCCAUAGAGACUGAACCAGUGAAUGUUGUCUCCUCCAUAGAGACUGAACCAGUGAAUGUUGUCUCCUCCAUAGAGACUGAACCAGUGAAUGUUGUCUCCUCCAUAGAGACUGAACCAGUGAAUGUUGUCUCCUCCAUAGAGACUGAACCAGUGAAUGUUGUCUCCUCCAUAGAGACUGAACCAGUGAAUGUUGUCUCCUCCAUAGAGACUGAACCAGUGAAUGUUGUCUCCUCCAUAGAGACUGAACCAGUGAAUGUUCUCUCCUCCAUAGAGACUGAACCAGUGAAUGUUGUCUCCUCCAUAGAGACUGAACCAGUGAAUGUUGUCUCCUCCAUAGAGACUGAACCAGUGAAUGUUGUCUCCUCCAUAGAGACUGAACCAGUGAAUGUUGUCUCCUCCAUAGAGACUGAACCAGUGAAUGUUGUCUCCUCCAUAGAGACUGAACCAGUGAAUGUUCUAGACUGAACCAGUGAAUGUUCUCUCCUCCAUAGAGACUGGGUGGACUACAGAGACGGGUUUGGAGACUUUAAGCUGUGGAACGAUGAAUUCUGGCUGGGCAAUGAACACAUCCAUUCUCUGGUGAAAGAUGGUAAGAUCUGGGGCCAUAUGUAACCCUAUGAGAGGCUUGAUUCAUACGGCCCCAGAACACAUUCACUCCCUGGUUUUAGGGGUGGCAGGUAACCAAGCGGUUAAGAGCGUUGGGGCAGUAAGCGAGAAGUCACUGGUUCGAAUCCCUGAGCCGGCAAGGUGAAAAUAUCUGCCAUUCUGCCCUUGAGCAAGACAGUUAACCCCCAAGCAGGUGACGUUGAUCACCCCAUACCUCUCUGAUUCAGAGGGGUUGGGUUAUUUGCGGACACAUUUCGGUUGAAUGCAUUCAGUUGUGCAACUAAUGAGGUAUCCCCCUUCCCUUCCCCUCUAGAAGGUAAGACACAUUAACUCAACAAGAGAUGACUUCCUGUAACAGCUAUGACUCAGACCUCGAUCAAUGGGAGCGUGGCAAAAUCCCCAGGCAGUGAUCACAUGUGGGAGUGCUGAUCUGUAUCAAAUCUCUCUGGUGCUAAUAAACACUGGAUCAAAUCUCUUUAACCCUAAUAAACAAAUAUGAGUGCGUCCCAAAAUGGCAUCCAAUUCUCUUUAUAGUGCACUACUUUUCAUCAGGGCCCAUAGGGCUUUGGUCAACAGUAGGGCACUAUAUAGGGAAUAGGGUGCCAUUUGGUCAACAGUAGUGCACUAUAUUUACAUUUACAUUUACGUCAUUUAGCAGACACUCUUAUCCAGAGCGACUUACAAAUUGGUGCAUUCACCUUAUAGCCAGUGGGACAACCACUUUACAAUAUAUAUAUUUUUUUCUUUCUUUGGGGUGGGGUAAGGGGGGGUAGAAGGAUUACUUUAUCCUAUCCCAGGUAUUCCUUAAAGAGGUGGGGUUUCAAGUGUCUCCGGAAGGUGGUGAGUGACUCCGCUGUCCUGGCGUCGUGAGGGAGCUUGUUCCACCAUUGGGGUGCCAGAGCAGCGAACAGUUUUGACUGGGCUGAGUGGGAACUGUGCUUCCACAGAGGUAGGGGGGCCAGCAGGCCAGAGGUGGAUGACCGCAAUGCCCUCGUUUGGGUGUAGGGACUGAUCAGAGCCUGAAGGUACGGAGGUGCCGUUCCCCUCACAGCUCCGUAGGCAAGCACCAUGGUCUUGUAGCAGAUGCGAGCUUCAACUGGAAGCCAGUGGAGUGUGCGGAGGAGCGGGGUGACGUGAGAGAACUUGGGAAGGUUGAACACCAGAUGGGCUGUGGCAUUCUGGAUGAGUUGUAGGGGUUUAAUGGCAUGGGCAGGGAGCCCAGCCAACAGCGAGUUGCAGUAAUCCAGACGGGAGAUGACAAGUGCCUGGAUUAGGACCUGUGCCGCUUCCUGUGUAAGGCAGGGUCGUACUCUCCAAAUGUUGUAGAGCAUGAACCUACAGGAUCGGGUCGACGCCUUGUUAGCGGAGAACGACAGGGUGUUGUCCAGCGUCACGCCAAGGCUCUUCGCACUCUGGGAGGAGGACACAACGGAGUUGUCAACCGUGAUGGCGAGAUCAUGGAACGGGCAGUCCUUCCCCGGGAAGAAGAGCAGCUCCGUCUUGCCGAGGUUCAGCUUGAGGUGGUGAUCCAUCAUCCACACUGAUAUGUCUGCCAGACAUGCAGAGAUGCGAUUCGCCACCUGGUUAUCAGAAGGGGGAAAGGAGAAGAUUAGAUGUGUGUCGUCUGCGUAGCAAUGAUAGGAGAGGCCAUGUGAGGAUAUGACAGAGCCAAGUGACUUGGUGUAUAGCGAGAAUAGGAGAGGGCCUAGAACUGAGCCCUGGGGGACACCAGUGGUGAGAGCAUGUGGUGCGGAGACAGAUUCUCACCAUGCCACUUGGUAGGAGCGACCUGUCAGGUAGGACGCAAUCCAAGAGUGAGCCGCGCCGGAGAUGCCCAACUCGGAGAGGGUGGAGAGGAGGAUCUGAUGGUUCACAGUAUCAAAGGCAGCAGACAGGUCUAGAAGGACAAGAGCAGAGGAGAGAGAGUUAGCUUUAGCAGUGCGGAGAGCCUCCGUGACACAGAGAAGAGCAGUCUCAGUUGAAUGACCAGUCUUGAAACCUGACUGGUUUGGAUCAAGAAGGUCAUUCUGAGAGAGAUAGCAAGAGAGUUGGCUAAAGACGGCACGCUCAAGAGUUUUGGAGAGAAUAGAAAGAAGGGAUACUGGUCUGUAGUUGUUGACAUCGGAGGGAUCGAGUGUUGGUUUUUUGAGAAGGGGUGCAACUCUCGCUCUCUUGAAGACGGAAGGGACAUAGCCAGUGGUCAAGGAUGUGUUGAUGAGCGAGGUGUGGUAAGGGAGAAGGUCACCGGAGAUGGUCUGGAGAAGAGGGGAUAGGGUCAAGCGGGCAGGUUGUUGGGCGGCCGGCCGUCACAAGUCGCAAGAUUUCAUCUGGAGAGAGAGGGGAGAAAGAAGUCAAAACAUAGGGUAGGGCAAUGUGAGCAGGACCAGCAGUGUCAUUUGACUUAACAAACGAGGAUCGGAUGUCGUCAACCUUCUUUUCAAAAUGGUUGAUGAAGUCAUCCACAGAGAGGGAGGAGGGGGGGGGGGGGGGGAGGGAGGAUUGGAGGAUUCAGCAGGGAGGAGAAGGUGGCAAAGAGCUUCCUAGGGUUAGAGGCAGAUGCUUGGAAUUUACAGUGGUAGAAAGUGGCUUUAGCAGCAGAAACAGAUGAAGAAAAUGUAGAGAGGAGGGAGUGAAAAGAUGGCAGGUCCGCAGGGAGUCUAGUUUUCCUCCAUUUCCGCUCGGCUGCCCGGAGCCCUGUUCUGUGAACUCGCAAUGAGUCGUCAAACCACGGAGCAGGAGGGGAGGACUGAGCCGGCCGGGAGGAUAGGGGACAUAGAGAGUCAAAGGAUGCAGAAAGGGAGUAGAGGAGGGUUGAGGAGGUAGAAUCAGGAGAUUGGAGGGAGAAGGAUUGAGCAGAGGGAAGAGAUGAUAGGAUGGAAGAGAAGAGAGUAGCGGGAGAGAGAGAGCGAAGGUUGUGACGGCGCAUUACCAUCUGAGUAGGGGCAGAGUGAGUAGUGUUGGAGGAGAGCGAGAGAGAAAAGGAUACAAAGUAGUGGUCGGAGACAUGGAGGUGAGUUUCAGUGAGAUUAGUAGAAGAACAGCAUCUAGUAAAGAUGAGGUCAAGCGUAUUGCCUGCCUUGUGAGUAGGGGGGACGGUGAGAGGGUGAGGUCAAAAGAGGAGAGGAGUGGAAAGGAGGCAGACAGAAAUGAGUCAAAGGUAGACGUAGGGAGGUUAAAGUCACCCAGAACUGUGAGGGGUGAGCCAUCCUCAGGAAAGGAACUUAUCAAGGCGUCAAGCUCAUUGAUGAACUCUCCAAGGAAACCUGGAGGGCGAUAAAUGACAAGGAUGUUAAGCUUGAAUGGGCUAGUGACUGUGACAGCAUGGAAUUCAAGUGAGGAGAUAGACAGAUGGGUCAGGGGAAAAAGAGAGACUGUCCACUUGGGAGAGAUUAGGAUUCCUGUGCCACCACCCCGCUGACCAGAUGCUCUCGGGGUAUGCGAGAACACAUGGUCAGACGAGGAGAGAGCAGUAGGAGUAGCAGUGUUUUCAGUGGUAAUCCAUGUUUCCGUCAGCGCCAAGAAGUCGAGGGACUGGAGGGUAGCAUAGACUGAGAUGAACUCUGCCUUGUUGGCCGCAGAACGGCAGUUCCAGAGGCUGCCGGAGACCUGGAACUCCACGUGGGUCGUGCGUGCAGGGACCACCAGGUUAGAGAGGCAGCAGCCACGCGGUGUGAAGCGUUUGUAUAGCCUAUGCGGAGAGGAGAGAACAGGGAUAGACAGACACAUAGUUGACAGGCUACAGAAAAUGGCUACAAUAAUGCAAAGAAGAUUGGAAUGAAAUGAACUAAACAUCUGGGAAAGCGAGAGAGCGGGGCCUCCCUCACUUACGUUUCACUGAAACACCCAAAUAUAACUCUCCAACUUCCACCUCAGAAACUAUAAUUGUUGUAAACUACAGCGGUUCAAUGUUUUCUAGGAAUAGACUAACUUAGUUUAUUCAGCUAGCUAACUUGGUACAGUAUUCUUCCGUGAAAACCGUCCAGGGCACCUAGUCAUAUGACGCCACAGCCAACUAGCAUGCCGGGCUCCAACAACACGGUUUAGCACCAAUACUCGGCCACAACAAACCACCAGUGUGUCAACACGCCAAGCAGAUCAUUUGUGUCUGUGUCUAACGUUGUGGGUUAGUCCCGACAGCUUGAGCGAGUCUGUCGUCAACUUAUUCAGCCAGUUAGUUAGCUAGAAUAGUUAGCAUACUAGCUAGCCAUUGCUUUCUGCCAACGCAGAAACCCGUCCUCCCACAGCAUGAACACACAGAGAGAGCCAAGCUAACGUUAACUAGUCACCCAUGUCCCGAAUUCCCUUGAACGACUCUGGCUACCAGUAUGUAAAAACAAAACACAAAUGUAGGUUAUAACUUACCCCUAGCAGCUACUGUUAGCUAGCCGAGUGCAAAGCUAGCCACUGAAUUGACUCAGCCAGUUCGCGUCUGUUCGCUAGGUCGUUCCAGCUAUUGUUUAGUAGCUAUCCAGGUAGCAACAAGCUAGCUAAAUUUCAAGCACAGUAGCUACUUACUACCUAACGUUAACGCUUCAGACAAUGAGGUUAGAAAACAGCUGAAUGGUAGGCAUUAUUGUAUGUAAUUAUUGUAGGCAGCCAGCUGGCGUAAUUACAGGCACUCUCAGGCGUGAAACAACUAUCCACAGUUGCUAAUAGUUACCAGUAGCUGCCCGCUAGCUAGUCCAGGUAGUGGGUUAGCUAGCCUCGUGCUUCACCGGGCUCAGCCGAAUACAAUACUUACAAUAAUUACAUACAAUAACCUACGAUAACUACCUACAAUACCUAACUACAAUCUAACUACAUAGUUUAAGCUUUACUCAACACCAUAUAAGCCAUAUAAGCUAAGCUUACCUCCCGCCAGAGAGAGACACAACCUCACCCGACGACGACCACUGGACAUACCACUAUGUUGUCAUGUUGUCCUUCCGUGGCCUCCAACUUCCCUUCCUAUCCUCACCCUUGACUCUAGGUUAACUAACUGGAUCAAAUCUCUUCAACACUAAUAAACACUGGAUCAAUUCUCUCUAACCCUAAUAAACACUGGAUCGAGAUCGAGAGCAAGAUACUUGAACAGGCUACUGAUUAUUAUGUGAUUGUGUGUGUUUGUAAUAGUGUGUGUGUGUGUGUAAUAACGUGUGUAUAAUAAUUUUUCUGUAAUAAUGUGUGUGUAAUAAUGUGUGUGUGUGUGUGUGUGUAAUAAUGUGUGUGUGUGUGUGUGUGUGUGUGUGUGUCUGUAAUAAUGUGUGUGUGUGUGUGUGUGUGUGUGUGUGUGUAAUAGUGUGUGUGUGUGUGUAAUAGUGUGUGUGUGUGUGUGUGUGUAAUAGUGUGUGUGUGUGUGUAAUAACGUGUGUAUAAUAAUUUUUCUGUAAUAAUGUGUGUGUAAUAAUGUGUGUGUGUGUGUGUGUGUAAUAAUGUGUGUGUGUGUGUGUGUGUGUGUGUCUGUAAUAAUGUGUGUGUGUGUGUGUGUGUGUGUGUGUGUGUGUGUGUGUGUAAUAGUGUGUGUGUGUGUAAUAAUGUGUGUAAUAAUGUGUGUGUGUGUUUGAGGUGAGAACCUGGUGAAGAUAGAUCUGAUGGACUGGAGUGGAGAGAAGACUCACGUCUACUACCAGAACUUCAGGAUAACAGAGGAGAAGGUGAGACACUCAGACUGUGUAUAGUCUGUGGAAUGGCAGGUAAAGUCAGUGUACUACUGAUUCAACUCAUUUCAUCCUCUGUAGUAGUUGUGGAGGUUCUCUGUCAGGUGGACAGGUAAAGUAUUUAAAAGCCAGGUCUGUCUGACACAAGACAUUUCAGCUUUUCAUUUUAAAUUAAUUUGUACAAAUUUCAGAAAAAAUAAUUCCACUUUGACAUUAUGGGGUACUGUGUGUAGGCCAGUGACAAAAAAACUCAAUUUAAGCUAUUUUAAAUUCAGGUUGUAACACAACAAAAUGUGGAAAAAGUCAAGGGGGAUGAAUAGUUUGUGAAGGCAUCUACUUUCUGUAGAUGACACUUAUUUUAGAUCUAUUUGACCUUAUAAUCACUGGAGACAAAUGUGAAACCAGUCAUAUGGCAGCAUAUUGAAACAUAUUAACUUUCCCACAGUAAAGUACAUGAAAUGCUGAGCCAUGAUGCAUAAUUUAACUGGCAGGGAUGGGCAACUCUCGAAUGUCCUAAUUAUAGGCUACCCCGACUUUCUCUGUUUCCUAUUUCUAUCAUGUUAAAUAUUAGCCACUAUCAGUAUCCACCGUCAGUAGGUCUAAUAACCACACAUAUUCAACUGAUAAUUGAUUGUUAGUUCCCUUCAGGUGGUAUAACCUGCAGGGUACUACUGUACUCUACCCUUUACUAUCUACUCCCUGUACCUCCCUCCCCAUCCAUCCUCCCGCCCCCCCAUCUCCUCCCCACUCGCCUCCCACCAUCUUCCCUCUCUCCUCCACCAACUCCCUCCCCCCCCUCCCUCUCUCCCCUCCACUCGCCUCCCCCUCCCCCCUCCCAUCAUCCCAUCUCACUCUCCAAUCCCCCACUCCCCCUCCCUCCCAUCUCCCUCUCCGCCCUUCCUCCCCCUCCUCCCCAUCUCCCUCCCAUCCCCUCUCUUUUCUCCUCCCCCUCCCUCCUCCCAUCUCUCCUCUCCCUCCCCGUUCCUCCCCCCCCCCCUCCUCCCCCCUCUCCCUCCCUUCGUUCCUCCCCCUCUCCCUCCCUCCCCUCUCUUCUCUACCGCGGCUUCCCUCCUUCCCUCUCCCCUCUCCUCUCACUCCCCUCCACUCUCUCUCUCCCUCCCUCCACUCUCUCUAUCUGGAGGGAGGCUAAUCGUCUAUGGUAUGAUGUGUCUAGUAGUCUUGGAGGGAGGCUAAUCGUCUAUGGUAUGGUUUUUAUUGUGGUGUUGGAGGCUAAUUUUCUAUGGUACGAUGUGUAUAGUGGUCUUGGAGGGGAGGCUAAUCGUCUAUGGUACGAUGUGUAUAGUGGUCUUGGAGGGGAGGCUAAUCGUCUAUGGUACGAUGUGUAUAGUGGUCUUGGAGGGGAGGCUAAUCGUCUAUGGUACGAUGUGUAUAGUGGUCUUGGAGGGGAGGCUAAUCGUCUACGGUACGGUGUGUCUAGUGGUCUUGGAGGGGAGGCUGUACUGUAACCCUUACCGUUCCUCUCCUCUCCUCCCUUUAUCCCCAGGAUAGCUAUCGUCUACGGUAUGGUGUGUCUAGUGGUCGUGGAGGGGAGGAUGUACUGUAACCCUUACCGUUCCUCUCCUCUCCUCCCUUUAUCCCCAGGAUAGCUAUCGUCUACGGUAUGGUGUGUCUAGUGGUCGUGGAGGGGAGGAUGUACUGUAACCCUUACCGUUCCUCUCCACUCCUCCCUUUAUCCCCAGGAUAGCUAUCGUCUACGGUAUGGUGUGUAUAGUGGUCGUGGAGGGGAGGCUAAUCGUCUACGGUAUGGUGUGUCUAGUGGUCGUGGAGGGGAGGCUGUACUGUAACCCUUACCGUUCCUCUCCUCCCUUUAUCCCCAGGAUAACUAUCGUCUACGGUACGGUGUGUAUAGUGGUCUUGGAGGGAGCCUGUACUGUAACCCUUACCGUUCCUCUCCUCUCCUCCCUUUAUCCCCAGGAUAGCUAUCGUCUACGGUAUGGUGUGUAUAGUGGUCGUGGAGGGGAGCCUGUACUGUAACCCUUACCGUUCUUCUCCUCUCCUCCCUUUAUCCCCAGGAUAGCUAUCGUCUACGGUACGGUGUGUAUAGUGGUCGUGGAGGGGAUGCUUUAUCUGGAGGAGGGCGGAUGGUGGAGCAGUGGUCUGCCUCUCUCAGUGGGAUGCAGUUCAGCACCAGAGACCAGGUUAGUCACAGCUAAUCAAUCAUUCCCAGGUUAGUCACAGCUUCCUAAUCAAUCAAUCAUUCCCAGGUUAGUCACAGCUACUCAAUCAAUCAUUCCCAGGUUAGUCACAGCUUCCUAAUCAAUCAUUCCCAGGUUAGUCACAGCUUCCUAAUCAAUAAUUCCCAGGUUAGUCACAGCUUCCUAAUCAAUCAUUCCCAGGUUAGUCACAGCUUCCUAAUCAAUCAUUCCCAGGUUAGUCACAGCUUCCUAAUCAAUCAUUCCCAGGUUAGUCACAGCUUCCUAAUCAAUCAUUCCCAGGUUAGUCACAGCUUCCUAAUCAAUCAUUCCCAGGUUAGUCACAGCUUCCUAAUCAAUCAUUCCCAGGUUAGUCACAGCUUCCUAAUCAAUCAUUCCCAGGUUAGUCACAGCUUCCUAAUCAAUCAUUCCCAGGUUAGUCACAGCUGUUCCCUUCCAAUAUAAAGCCAGUAUGUGAUGAAGGCAUUUCUUCUUCAUGUGAUUAUUGUAGACACCUUUGGAGACACUCAUAGUGUAUUGAGCACAGUGAAAAGCACUACAUUUUUGCAGUAAAAAGCACAAUGUAAUUGUAAUGUUUUAUCCUGACGAUUCCUAUAGGACCAUGACCGCUAUCUACAGGGCAGCUGUGCCCAAGAGAACAGAGGAGGGUGGUGGUAUAACAGGUGGGUGAGGAGACUACCCCAGGAGAACAGAGGAGGGUGGUAUAUAACAGGUGGGUGAGGAGACUACCCCAGGAGAACAGAGGAGGGUGGUAUAUAACAGGUGGGUGAGGAGACUACCCCAGGAGAACAGAGGAGGGUGGUAUAUAACAGGUGGGUGAGGAGACUACCCCAGGAGAACAGAGGAGGGUGGUGGUAUAACAGGUGGGUGAGGAGACUACCCCAGGAGAACAGAGGAGGGUGGUGGUAUAACAGGUGGGUGAGGAGACUACCCCAGGAGAACAGAGGAGGGUGGUAUAUAACAGGUGGGUGAGGAGACUACCCCAGGAGAACAGAGGAGGGUGGUGGUAUAUAACAGGUGGGUGAGGAGACUAAUUCAGCCUGAUGUCUCUCUACCUCUCUAGGCAAGUUUACAGGAAACACAGGCAGUAACGUUUCCCCGAUCUAAUGUUGCUGAGAAUCUCCUCUUUCAGAUGCUUUUGUUAUGAGUCUGUGGUCUCAAAGAGACCUGGGUAUAGGGGCGAAAGUCCUUGGUCCGUGUUUCAAUAAAACAAUUGUCUGGGCAGCCCCUCCUCCAUUUGGUCUCCCAUCCUGGGUUUUAACCAAUCCCUGCUUAGCUUUGAUAGUUGUUACUGACUACUACCAAUGUGCUAUUGUCAAUAAUAUAACAAUAAUAAUAAUAAUAAUAAGAAGAAGAAUAAUAAUAUGCCAUUUAGCAGACGCUUUUAUCCAAAGCGACUUACAGUCAUGCGUGCAUACAUUUAUUUAUAUUUUUUUGUGUGUAUUGGUGGUCCCGGGGCUCGAACCCACUACCUUGGCGUUACAAGCGCCGUGCUCUACCAGCUGAGCUACAGAGAAUGAUUAUUGAGAGAAGCUUAAUAACUAAAUACAGUGCCUUGCAAAAGUAUUCAUCCCCCUUGGUGUUUUUCCUAUUUUGUUGCAUUACAACCUGUAAUUUAAAUUGAUUUUUAUUUGGAUUUCAUGUAAUGGACAUACAAAAAUAGUCCAAAUUGGUGAAGUGAAAUGAAAAAAAUAACUUGUUUCAAACAAUUCUAAAAAAUGUAUAACGGAAAAGUGGUGCGUGCAUAUGUAUUCACCCCCUUUGCUAUGAAGCCCCUAAAUAAGAUCUGGUGCAACCAAUUACCUUCAGAAGUCACAGCAUUAGUUAAAUAAAGUCCACCUGUGUGCAAUCUAAGUGUCACAUGAUCUGUCACAUGAUCUCAGUAUAUAUACACCUGUUCUGAAAGGCCCCAGAGUCUGCAACACCACUAAGCAAGGGGCACCACCAAGCAAGCGGCACCAUGAAGACCAAGGAGCUCCCCAAACAGGUCAGGGACACAUUUGUGGAGAAGUACAGAUCAGGGUUGGGUUAUAAAAAAAAUAUCAGAAACUUUGAACAUCCCACGGAGCAUUUAAAUCCAUUAUUAAAAAUGGAAAGAAUAUGGCACCACAACAAACCUGCCAAGAGAGGGCCGCCCACCAAAACUCAUGGACCAGGCAAGGAGGGCAUUAAUCAGAGAGGCAACAAAGAGACCAAAUAUAACUCUGAAGGAGCUGCAAAGCUCCACAGCGGAGAUUGGAGUAUCUGUCCAUAGGACCACUUUAAGCCGUACACUCUACAGAGCUGGGCUUUACGGAAGAGUGGCCAGAAAAAGACAUUGCUUAAAGAAAUAAAUAAGCAAACACGUUCGCCAAAAGGCAUGUGGGAGACUCCCCAAACAUAUGGAAGAAGGUAAUCUGGUCAGAUGAGACUAAAAUUGAGUUUUUUGGCCAUCAAGGAAAACGCUAUGUCUGGCACAAACCCAACACCUCUCAUCACCCCGAGAACACCAUCCCCACAGUGAAGCAUGGUGGUGGCAGCAUCAUGCUGUGGGGAUGUUUUUCAUCGUCAGGGACUGGGAAACUGGUCAGAAUUGAAUAAAUAAUGGAUGGCGCUAAAUACAGGGAAAUUCUUGAGGGAAACCUGUUUCAGUCUUCCAGAGAUUUGAGACUGGGACGGAGGUUUACCUUCCAGCAGGACAAUGACCCUAAGCAUACUGCUAAAGCAACACUCGAGUGGUUUAAGGGGAAACAUUUAAAUGUCUUGGAAUGGCCUAGUCAAAGCCCAGACCUCAAUCCAAUUGAGAAUCUGUGGUAUGACUUAAAGAUUGGUGUACACCAGCGGAACCCAUUCAACUUGAAGGAGCUGGAGCAGUUUUGCCUUGAAGAAUGGGCAAAAAUCCCAGUGGCUAGAUGUGCCAAGCUUAUAGAGACAUACCCAAAGAGACUUGCAGCUGUAAUUGCUGCAAAAGGUGGUUCUACAAAAUAUUGACUUUGGGGAGGGGGGGUGUGAAUAGUUAUGCACACUCAAGUUUUCUGUUUUUUUUGUAAGCUUAUGGACAACAAUACAUAGGCUUUUACUUCCAGCUUGUACAUACUAUAUACAUUUUACGGACACAGUAUAUUUUACAAUUGUUAUCUUUUGUUUGUUUUUAGUCCCAUCCUUCAGCUCCAUUCAACCCCUCCCAUCUAUCUCUGAACACCCUCCAGUUUUGACUGUGCUCUGAUGUUUCACAAAAGUUCUGAACCUUUCAAUUCUCAUAGUUUCUACAGAUUGUAAAUCAAAGAUUAAAAAAUGUUGCUAAGAGUAUUGUUAUAUUAUUGAUCAAUUGACUAUUACUUUUUAAAUCACCCAGUAGUGCUAUUUGCAGAGUUGGCUCCAGAUACAGUUAAAGUCGGAAGUUUACAUACACCUUAGCCAAAUACAUUUAAACUCAGUUUUUCACAAUUCCUGACAUUUAAUCCUAGUACAAAUUCCCUGUUUUAGGUCAGUUAGGAUCACCACUUUAUUUUAAGAAUGUGAAAUGUCAGAAGAAUAGUAGAGAGAAUGAUUUAUUUAAGCUUUUAUUUCUUUCAUCACAUUCCCAGUGGGUCAGAAGUUUACAUUUGAAGUCAAACGUUUUGGGUAGCCAUCCACAAGCUGGGUGAAUUUUGGCCCAUUCCUCCUGACAGAGCUGGUGUAACUGAGUCAGGUUUGUAGGCCUCCUUGCUCGCACACACUUUUUCAGUUCUGCCCACAUAUUUUCUACAGGAUUGAGGUCAGGGCUUUGUGAUGGCCACUCCAAUACCUUGACUUUGUUGUCCUUAAGCCAUUUUGCCACAACUUUGGAAGUAUGCUUGGGGUCAUUGUCCAUUUGGAAGACCCAUUUACGACCAAGCUUUAACUUCCUGACUGAUGUCUUGAGAUGUUGCUUCAAUAUAUCCACACAAUUUUCCUUCCUCAUGAUGCCAUCUAUUUUGUGAAGUGCACCAGUCCCUCCUGCAGCAAAGCACCCCCACAGCAUGAUGCUGCCACCCCCGUGCUUCACGGUUGGGAUGGCGUUCUUCGGCUUGCAAGUACCCCCUUUUUCCUCCAAACAUAACGAUGGUCAUUAUGGCCAAACAGUUAUAUUUUUGUUUCAUCAGACCAGAGGACAUUUCUCCACAAAAGUAUGUCCCACUCUGUGUAUCCCUCUAGAUCCCUCUCCUAGUGCUCCAUCUCAUUACAUGUUGUGUUCCUUUCCUCCUCCUUUUCCAGUUGUCAUGUCUUUCUGUCUGUCACUCUCUUUUUAUACGUGUUGCUUACUAUCUCUUGGCUGCACUUGAUAAGCUGUAACACUGUAAUGUAUUUCUCUCGCUCUGUACUCAGAACUCAGUACAUGUUUUGUAUUUCACCUGUCUCUCCAGGUGUCAUGCAGCCAACCUGAAUGGGAAGUUCUACCGUGGCGGAGUCUACAAGGGUCUCUAUGACAACGGUGUGGUGUGGGGCACCUGGAGAGGCCUGUGGUACUCCCUACGACACACCACCAUCAAACUACGGCCCCUGCUCUCCCUGGACAGCCUGGCAGGCAGUGGAGCAGGGCCCGACGGGUAG